AGGAGUUGAUACCGGCGAAUGGACAGAUCAUGAAAGUCAGCAAAUUUCUCCACAUCUGAAAGAUCACCCGGACAAGUGACGAAUAUCUGUCACAUAUUCGAUACCAGAACCUUAUAUAAUGGACGUAUAUUGCUGCAGACGCUUUCGCUGUUUUGAUCCGAUUCAAAUUGACAGGGAUGAACAACUUGCUAGCCUUCGGUAAUGAUGUGCCCCGUGCUCGAGACGUUAGCAAGCUAGAUUCAAAUUAAAUGUGUUGUCAUUACUUGAGAAAAAAAAUCUGUCGAUUUGAGAACAAAAUAUGUGGGGAUUACUGCCGACUACGGUCAAUUGACGAAAUCUGACUGAGUUGUGAAAGCCUAAAUGCUAACUAGCUAGCACACCAGCAUUCCGAAACCAGCGUUAGCCAGCCAGCUAGGGACAAGGCACAGUUCUGUGCAGGUUGCUAUGGAAGAGGUGGCGCUAGAACCACCGACGGACGCGCUCUGUGAAGGUAAUGGAGAUAGAACCACCAACUCCGAAGAUCCCAGACCUAAAAGCCGACAUCAUCAACCCGAAUUCGGGCCGAACCCGAGUAACUUUUCUCGGCUGUGCAGCAGGGACGAGGCGGAGAGGGCAGAGGCGCUGGAAGAACUGACCCAGAGCGUCAUGUCCCGGUUGGGUCUGGACCGACCCGGUUCUGCUCGUCUCGAUAAACACACUCUCCUGCAGCUGCUGCGGGUCUCCCGGUCCUGCCCCUUACAGGAGGUCCGCGAGAGGGCAGCGGAACUACUGCGGACUGCACAGGAGCAAGGUGUUGAGAUUCCUCAGGCUUUGGCCUCCGGUCCUAGUGCCUUCAUCCCUGCACAAGUGAUUUUGGAUGAGGGACCAGAUCAGGAAGUUCUGAUAGAAGCCUUCCUCUCAUUGGGUCGUUUUGACCACAUCACCAUGGUGAUGGCCCUUCACCCCACCUACCUCAGCUGCUUCCUGCGUACCCAGCAUGCUUUGCUGGAGCUGGAUGGCCCGCUACCCCGCCCCUGGAGGCACUACAUCGUUGUCAUGGCUGCAGCUCGUCACCAGUGUUCCUACCUUGUCCAACAGCAUAGUGCAGGGUUCCUGGAGGCGGGGGGGGAGGAGAGCUGGCUGGAGGGGCUACAACACACACACCCCAAAAUACGCUGCCUACACACACUUAACAAGCUGCUGGCACACAGACCCUGGCUCAUCACACAACAGCACAUACAGGAGUUGGUGUGUCCUGGGGCGGAUGAUCGUUGGUCAUUGGCUGAGCUGAUCCACGCAGUUGUUCUGAUGACUCACUCUCAUUCGCUGUCCUCCUUUGUUUGGGGGUGUGGCCUACACCCUGAGCCCGACCACAUAGGAGGCCACGCCUUCUGCCCACCAUCACCAUCCAAUAACAUGCCACAAAGCCCUCACAGUCCCGCCCCCGAGGACGGCAAGCCAGAGGAUGGAGUGACGGAGGUGGAGGCAUUGAUGAAGAGGAUGGUGGAGUUACAACAGCAGGUGGAGGAGUGUAGUCAGGAAGAGAUGAUCACUCGCUUUGAGAGGGAGAGGAGCGAGAGCAUACCUACUGCAGUGGUACGGGGAGCCCCCUCUGACUUAGUGUUGAGGUUAGUGGAGGAUCCAGAGUUCAUCUAUGAAGACUUCUCCAUCCGAGGAGAACAGUCACCUCCUACCAUGAGAGCACAGGACUACUCAUGGGAAGACCAUGGAUUCUCCCUAGUGAACAGACUGUUACCAGACAUGGGCCAAUUACUGGAGGAGAAGUUCCAGGUUGUGUGUAGUCUAACCUACAACAGGAUGGCGAUGCACAAGGAUGUGGACACACACACACUCCGCAAGGCUCUCUGGAACUACAUACACUGCCUCUACGGAAUACGGUACGAUGACUACGACUACGGAGAGGUGAAUGUGUUGUUGGAGCGAGGCCUCAAGAUGUUUGUGAAAACAGUAGCGUGUCAUCCAGAACAGACUACAGAUAGGAUCUACUCUGCCUACUGGAGACUCUUCAGACACUCUGAGAAGGUCCAUGUCAACCUGCUGCUGAUGGAGGCUCGACUACAGGCUGCUCUACUAUACACACUACGGGCUGUCACACGCUACAUGACAUGACUACGGGCUGUCACACGCUACGUGACAUGACUACGGGCUGUCACACGCUACGUGACAUGACUACGGGCUGUCACACGCUACGUGACAUGACUACGGGCUGUCACACGCUACGUGACAUGACUACGGGUGGUCACACGCUACGUGACAUGACUACGGGCUGUCACACGCUACGUGACAUGACUACGGGCUGUCACACGCUACGUGACAUGACUACAGGCCUGUCACACGCUACAUGACAUGACUACGGGCUGUCACACGCUACAUGACAUGACUACGGGCUGUCACACGCUACAUGACAUGACUACAGGCCUGUCACACGCUACAUGACAUGACUACAGGCCUGUCACACGCUACAUGACAUGACUACGGGCUGUCACACGCUACAUGACAUGACUACGGCCUGUCACACGCUACAUGACAUGACUACGGGCUGUCACACGCUACAUGACAUGACUACGGCCUGUCACACGCUACAUGACAUGACUACGGCCUGUCACACGCUACAUGACAUGACUACGGGCUGUCACACGCUACAUGACAUGACUACGGGGCUGUCACACGCUGCAUGACUACGGGGCUGUCACACGCUACAUGACUACGGGCCUGUCACACGCUACAUGACAUGACUACGGGGCUGUCACACGCUACAUGACAUGACUACGGGCUGUCACACGCUACAUGACAUGACUACAGGCCUGUCACACGCUACAUGACCUGACUAUGGGAUGUCACACGCUACCUGACUACGGGCUGUCACGCUACAUGACAUGACUACUGGCUGUCACACGCUACAUGACUACGGACUGUCACACUCUACAUGACAUGACUACGGGCUGUCACACGCUACAUGACAUGACUACAGGCUUGUCACACGCUACAUGACCUGACUAUGGGCUAUCACACGCUACAUGACAUGACUACGGCCUGUCACACGCUACAUGACCUGACUAUGGGCUGUCACAUACUACCUGACUACGGGCUGUCACACGCUACAUGACAUGACUACUGGCUGUCACACGCUACAUGACUACGGGCUGUCACACGCUACAUGACUACAGGCUGUCACACGCUACAUGACAUGACUACGGGCUGUCACACGCUACAUGACAUGACUACGGGCUGUCACAUGCUACAUGACAUGACUACAGGCUUGUCACACGCUACAUGACCUGACUACGGGCUGUCACACGCUACAUGACAUGACUACGGGCUGUCACACGCUACAUGACAUGACUACGGCCUGUCACACGCUACAUGACAUGACUUCGGGCUGUCACACGCUACAUGACAUGACUACGGCCUGUCACACGCUACAUGACAUGACUACUGGCUGUCACACGCUACAUGACUACGGGCUGUCACACGCUACAUGACUACAGGCUGUCACACGCUACAUGACAUGACUACUGGCUGUCACACGCUACAUGACUACGGGCUGUCACACGCUACAUGACAUGACUACGGGCUGUCACAUGCUACAUGACAUGACUACAGGCUUGUCACACGCUACAUGACCUGACUAUGGGCUGUCACACACUACCUGACUACGGGCUGUCACACGCUACAUGACAUGACUACUGGCUGUCACACGCUACAUGACAUGACUACGGGCUGUCACACGCUACGUGACAUGACUACGGGCUGUCACACGCUACAUGACAUGACUACGGGCUGUCACAUGCUACAUGACAUGACUACAGGCUUGUCACACGCUACAUGACCUGACUACGGGCUGUCACACGCUACAUGACAUGACUACAGGCUUGUCACACGCUACAUGACCUGACUACGGGCUGUCACACACUACAUGACAUGACUAUGGGCUGUCACACACUACAUGACAUGACUAUGGGCUGUCACACACUACAUGACUAUGGGCUGUCACACGCUACAUGACUAUGGGCUGUCACACGCUACAUGACUAUGGGCUGUCACACGCUACAUGACUAUGGGCUGUCACACGCUACAUGACUAUGGGCUGUCACACGCUACAUGACUACGGGCUGUCACACGCUACAUGACAUGACUACGGGCCUGUCACACGCUACAUGACUACGGGCUGUCACACACUACAUGACUACGGACUGUCACACUCUACAUGACUACUGACUGUCACACUCUACAUGACUAUGGGCUGUCACACGCUACAUGACUACGGGCUGUCACACGCUACAUGACAUGACUACGGGCCUGUCACACGCUACAUGACUACGGGCUGUCACACACUACAUGACUACGGACUGUCACACUCUACAUGACUACUGACUGUCACACUCUACAUGACUAUGGGCUGUCACACGCUACAUGACUACGGGGCUGUCACACGCUACAUGACUACGGGGCUGUCACACGCUACAUGACAUGACUACGGGCCUGUCACACGCUACAUGACAUGACUACGUCCUGUCACACGCUACAUGACAUGACUACAGGCCAUCACACGCUACAUGACAUGACUACGGCCUGUCACACGCUACAUGACGUGACUACAGGCCUGUCACACGCUACAUGACCUGACUAUGGGAUGUCACACGCUACCUGACUACGGGCUGUCACACGCUACAUGACAUGACUACGGGCUGUCACGCUACAUGACAUGACUACUGGCUGUCACACGCUACAUGACUACGGACUGUCACACUCUACAUGACAUGACUACGGGCUGUCACACGCUACAUGACAUGACUACAGGCUUGUCACACGCUACAUGACCUGACUACGGGCUGUCACACGCUACAUGACAUGACUACAGGCUUGUCACACGCUACAUGACCUGACUACGGGCUGUCACACACUACAUGACAUGACUACAGGCCUGUCACACGCUACAUGACAUGACUACAGGCCUGUCACACGCUACAUGACAUGACUAUGGGCUGUCACACGCUACAUGACUAUGGGCUGUCACACGCUACAUGACUAUGGGCUGUCACACGCUACAUGACUAUGGGCUGUCACACGCUACAUGACUAUGGGCUGUCACACGCUACAUGACUAUGGGCUGUCACACGCUACAUGACUACGGGCUGUCACACGCUACAUGACAUGACUACGGGCUGUCACACGCUACAUGACUACGGGCUGUCACACGCUACAUGACAUGACUACGGGCCUGUCACACGCUACAUGACAUGACUACGGGCUGUCACACGCUACAUGACUACGGGGCUGUCACACGCUACAUGACAUGACUACGGGCUGUCACACGCUACAUGACAUGACUACAGGCCUGUCACACGCUACAUGACCUGACUACGGGCUGUCACACACUACCUGACUACGGGCUGUCACACGCUACAUGACAUGACUACGGGCUGUCACGCUACAUGACAUGACUACUGGCUGUCACACGCUACAUUACUACGGACUGUCACACUCUACAUGACAUGACUACGGGCUGUCACACGCUACAUGACUACGGGCUGUCACAUGCUACAUGGCAUGACUACGGGCCUGUCACACGCUACAUGACUACGGGCUGUCACACACUACAUGACAUGACUACGGGCUGUCACACGCUACAUGACCUGACUAUGGGCUGUCACACGCUACAUGACAUGACUACGGGCUGUCACACGCUACAUGACAUGACUACGGCCUGUCACACGCUACAUGACAUGACUACGGGCUGUCACACACUACAUGACAUGACUACGGGCUGUCACACACUACAUGACAUGACUACGGCCUGUCACACGCUACAUGACAUGACUACGGGCUGUCACACGCUACAUGUCAAAUGGGCUGUCACAUUUCUACAUGUCGAACGCUACAUGACAUAACUACGGACUGUAGCACGCUACAUGACAUGACUACGGGCCUGUCACACGCUACAUGACAUGACUACGGGCUGUCACACGCUACAUGACAUAACUACGGACUGUAACACGCUACAUGUCAAACGGGCUGUCACACGCUACAUGACAUGACUAUGGGCUGUCACACGCUACAUGUCAAACGGGCUGUCACACGCUACAUGACUACGGACUGUCACACGCUACAUGACUACGGGCCCGUCAUACGCUACAUGACUACGGACUGUCACACGCUACAUGACUACGGGCCCGUCAUACGCUACAUGACUACACACAGUUAAUGUCUGAAUCCGACAGUUCACAUUGAUCAUAAGUCAAUGUUGUGUUUAUUCUGCUAUGUGUAAUAAACUGCCUAUUUCGUGUUUGUGGUUAUAAUGCUACACAUUAUAGAGUUAGGUUGAUCCAGUCAAUCAAUCAAUCAUCUCACUGUGUUAAACUAUUAUUGUACUAGCUACUGUGUUCACAGUGGCUGUUACCAUUUAAUGCUUCAGAUCAUACAUAAGACAAUUGAAUGAAUGGUUCAUGUAUUUUUUUAAUGUACAAUAAAAUGUAUUUUGUUAUCAAAAUCAA